GGGAAGCCGCGCUGCCAGCUUUGGCCAGGCGGCCGCAGGCUUUCCUGCGGGCUUUGGAAGAGGGAGCUGGUCGGGAUCUGCCUCAGGAAUCCGCACCAGAAGGCUCCCCACGACAGGUGGCUUUUGUUUCUGGACCAGAGGCAUCUUUUUUGGUUCUUUCGACACGUCAGAGCUUUUCCUUCCUCUCCGGAAACGCGGGCCUUUCCCUUGGCUGUGCGGGAAAGAUGUUUUGGUGUCCUGUUUCAAAAUCCACUUUCUCCAAGCAGUUGCUACAAGCCCCUUUGGAUAGAUCACAGUCCAAGAGAGAUGGAGGUUUUAAAAAUAAUUGGAGCUUUGAUCAUGCAGAAGAAAGUGAAGGAGAUGCAGAGAAAGACCAGGCAAAUCUGCUCAGCAUAGAUGACACUGAUGGGCCUUUCAGUCCCAAUGAAGAAAGAAAGUCACUUCGUUGUCGGCCUGGAGCUGUUGGCACCAGUGGCGAUUCCAUAAAAACAUAUGCAAGGCGAGGCAAAGCUGGAAGAUUGAGUCUUUUUAAAGGGAACUCAAUUGGCCUCAACAUGAUGGGAAAUAGCAAGAAACUGAGUGAAAAUGCUCAGAAUGUGUCUUGUCCUGUAACUGUGGUACAUGGUAGACGUUUUCACCAUGCGCAUGCACAGACAACAGUAGUAAAAACAGCAGCCCAAAGCAAUCUGGACCGAAAGGAAAGAAAAGAAUACCCACCUCAACUUCAGAAAGUAGAAGCAGACCACAUUAGGUUACCACGGUCUCAAGGAGUGGACAGUAUAAUGGAAAACACAGAAGAGUCAGAAUCAGAAUCAGAAUCUGAAAUUAAGAGAAAGGUGCAACAGAAACGUCACUGCAAUUCAUAUCAGUCUGAUUUAGCUGUAUCUUCUGCUACGAAAAAAUGCUUAACCCAUUUAAAGCUUUUGGAACACAUUGAUUCUUCUACCGAUUGCCCAAAUUGUGGGCGGGCAAAUGAAAAUCAGACCAAAUGCCGGCAUUGUGAAAGUGCUUCUUUAAAGGAUUUGCAAAGAGUCUCCAGACAAACUGUGGGAUUAAGUGAAUCUGUGGGACCUUUAUCACGUUCUUCAAUACAUCAGAAUUCAGCAGGGCAAAAAUCUUCAGGUACAGGGUUCAAUACAAAGAAGUUUUAUAGUUCUGCUGUUGGGAAAGGUCCAACGGAUAUUCUACUGAGUAAUGAAGUUGUAGGACAUUCUAUGUUACGACAGAAUGGAAAAGUUGGUCUUAUAACUGGGACAAAAAAUCCUAAAAUUACAGGAAGCUUAAGACCGAGGAGUACACGACCAUCUGAACUAAAUGAUCCAAUUGUUUUGUCUAGUGAUGAUGAUGAGGAGGAGGAUAGUGGCAGCACUAGGAGAAUGGAAAGCAUUUCACCUCGUCCUGCAGAUUCAGCCCGCUCCUCCCCAGCUCCUUCUACAGGAAAGGUGGAAGCAGCAUUAAAGGAAAACAGUUGUGGACUAGAACAGAGAAUAGGUAGUAUAACAACAGAUACAGAAAUUGCAGUCACACUACCAAGAAAAGCAAGAAUGAAAGAUCAGUUUGGGAACAUUGUGUCUAACACUCCAAUAAAACGUCGUAAAGUUAUUUCUCAAGAGAUUGUAACUGAGGCUGUACCUCUAAAUUAUCAAAAUUCCUGUGAAAGUGUCAUUCUGAACUGUCGAAGUAUACGAAUAGGAACACUACGAAGAAUGGUAGUGGAACCUGUGAUUUUUUGCCUGGAUUAUAUCAAAAUACGCCUAGAAAGUCAAGAAGAAUCAGAAAGUGAUAUCCGAGAGAUUAACCUGAAAACUUCAGAACUUACCAAAUGUGAAUGGUGUAGUGUCCGAAAAUUACCAGUAGUUUUCCUACAAACAGUACCAUCAACCUGUAGUAGCCUGAGAGACCAGCUGAAAAUGAGUAAAGAUAAUGUCUGGUAUGAAUGUAAAGGAGACAGUCAGGAAGAACAGUACAUCAUUUUGAUUUUUGAAACUGGUCUUGAUCCUCAUGCAAACUCAAUAUUUGAAAAAAUUAUUACUGACAUUGGUAUUAGAAAUAAUAUUUCUGACUUCUUCGUGAAAAUUUCCUUUGAAGAAGCCAAUGGCAGGCUUGUUGCAUUUACUAAGUGCUUGGAAGACAAUUCCAAAGGAAGCCCAUCUCACAGAGAAAACAAAAUUAAAAAUGUUGCUUCUGAGUCCAAAAUGCAGCAGCGAAAUAAACAGUUACCGUAUUUUGAUGAUGAUGAAGAAAUUGGAGAACCACAUACAGUAUUCAUUGGUCCUAUAGAGAAGUUGAUAGUUUAUCCACCUCCUCCAGCUAAAGGUGGUAUUUCUGUGACCAAUGAAGACCUCCAUUGUCUAAAUGAAGGAGAAUUUUUAAAUGAUGUUAUUAUUGAUUUUUAUUUAAAGUAUUUGGUACUUGAAAAACUGAAAAAAGAAGAUGCUGAUAGAAUACAUGUGUUCAGUUCAUUCUUCUAUAAACGCCUUAAUCAAAGAGAAAGAAGAAGUAUUAAUGAAACUUCAAACCUUUCAAUACAACAAAAACGACAUGGGCGAGUAAAAACAUGGACACGGCAUGUUGACAUUUUUGAGAAAGAUUUCAUUUUUGUUCCCCUUAAUGAAGCUGCCCACUGGUUUCUGGCUGUCAUCUGUUUUCCUGGUUUAGAAAAACCCAGAUACGAACCAAAUCCCCACUAUCAUGAAAAUGCUACAACACAGAUAAAAUCUGCCUCUUCAGAUGGGGAGAGCAACACACCAUCUCCUUUGCCAAAUGAGUUAGAUGCACAAAACUCGCCUUCCAAAUCCACAGCAAAGAAGACAUUGACCAAAAAGUAUAAUACAGCUUUAAUUGACCCAAACACUGAAACAGAGGACAGUGAGUCCUCAUGUUGUAGAAGAAGUCCUUGCAGGGGAAAAACUGCUUUCAGAAAACUAAAUCAAAUAGACAGUGAUGUGGAAGAACCUAACACUGUGGAAUCAGUAUGCCAUAAACUUGACCAUAGGACUCCAGAUGAAAAUGGUAUACAGGGUGAAUUCACAACUGCUAGCCAAUCUAUGGAUGGAUUGCACAAAAUCAGGCUAAACUAUAGUGAAGACUCAGCUGAUGGCAGUAAACUAAACGAAGAUGAGCUUAUAGAUUUUUCUGAAGACCAAGAUAACCAGGUGUGUGACUGCAAGUUGUCCAAAAUAAAGAAUCGGAGGCUAUUAAAUAUACAGUCUAGGAAAUACCUGUUUUUCACCUUUGAGUCCAGGACAAACAAUUUUUAUCCAAAGUCUGCAGCUAUUUGUAAUCGCUUCCAAAUAGAAGACAGUAGUGACGAUGGCGGCCUUGUAGAUGAUAACUGUAAUUCAGAAAUGGGACAAUGGCACCUGAAGCCUACUAUCUGCAAACAGCCUUGUAUUUUGCUUAUGGACUCACUGAGAGGCCCUUCCCGCUCAAAUGUUGUGAAAACACUACGGGAAUAUUUAGAAGUGGAAUGGGAAGUCAGGAAAGGCAACAAAAGAAGCUUUUCCAAAGAUGUAAUGAAAGGUUCCAACCCAAAAGUGCCCCAGCAGAACAACUUCAGUGAUUGUGGAGUCUACAUACUGCAGUAUGUGGAGAGCUUUUUUGAGAAUCCCAUUCUGAGUUUUGAGCUACCAAUGAACUUAACAGACUGGUUUCCACGCCCAAGAAUGAAAACCAAAAGAGAAGAAAUACGAAAAAUAAUCCUGAAGCUGCAGGAACAGCAAAACAAGGAAAAGAAGGGACAAAAGGACCCAAGUUCAAUGGAAAGAUCUUUGCAGGAAAAAACAGAACAACUCAUCAACAGCAGCUCAGACUGAACGUUGUAUCUGUUGCAUGUUAGCUCCACAAUCAAAACUGAAAUAUACACCUUUUUGUCUGCCCAGACUAAAGAUUUGGCAUAUUCUCUGCUCAGAGUUACUUGGGAAUGUUUAAUGCCUGUAUAAAUGUGUGUCAUAAAAUGAUUUAAUUCCCACGAAGAUGUGUAUUAAGUAAGCAAGUCUGUACAUAUGUUAAUGAGGCCAACUUUUUCAGCAUUUGUAAUUUUUUUCCACUUGUUAGGGAGCUUUUGUUAUGUAUUUCUGUUAAUAGAACUUAAAUAGCAACUUCUAAACAUAAAGCAAAUAAAGAAAAUAAAGAAAAUAUUUAUAGGAUAAAAUGGUUAACUUUUUCUUUUUCAGUAAAGUUGUAAUGUUACAGGCUUAAGUAACACAUAGGGAAUGAUUUGGUAGUGAGAUAAUUAAUUCAUAUUUUGACCCUAUUUAGUUGCCCUGUACAAGAUUAUUCUGCUUGCGCUACAAACAAUACUAUGGGUAAGUGUCUCGAUGUACCGUGGCCUCGGAGAGGGUGAUUCCCAUCCUCCCAGCAUCUAAGUGCAGGCAGUGCAAUAGUUAAUAGGACUGCUUCAGAUUUGGGGUUUUAAAAGAUAUGCAUUGCAAUUAAAAUUCCACCCUUGCUUUAGUGGGACGGGCUAGGGAAAGGGGGAGAACGCUCUUUGACCAGAGAUUACUAUUCAAACAGUAUUAUAAAAGUGGUUUCAAUGAAGUGAUCUUGAGUGAUACUAUUAAAUCAUAUUUUGUGGAUCCCAAUUGUUGUACAGGUGUAUUUUGAGACUUUCUUCAUUAUAAAAUUGUAUUUUGGUAAGUGUACUUGGAACAGCAGAUUGCCCACAUUACAUUUUCUAUGUUACAA